AUGUCUGAUCGCCUCGCCGUUGAAGUCGAUUGUCAUUCCCUGGGCUCAAACGAAUGCCCUUCCAUGGGCUCCACCUUCUCCCCUUUGGAAUCUCCAACACCUACACCUACAAGUAUCUAUAGCCAAGGAUCGAUUGCCUCACCCGGCUGGCAGGAGAACGCACCGUAUCCGGCGCACGGCUACGAAAGAGGCACCGGAUCUACACCCAUGCGUGGCCACUUUCGUUUCGCCAGUAUGCCUUCGCAUGAACAAAUGGGUCUGCCGCCGUACAGCAGCCUGGACGGAGGGGAUCGCAUGGCCAUGACGGACUUCCUCCCUGGAUACGACGAGAAUGUCGAGCAGUUCUGGCUUCCUUCGGACGUCCCCAAGACGUAUGACCACCACGUCCAAGGUCUCCCAUGUCCACCAGCCAUGCAGCAGUAUCCCCCGAUGGUGCGCAGCAACUAUCGUCACCAUCCCGCUCCUUAUCUCCCGGAGUCCGCGACUAACCCAUGUCUCUCCCGUCCCAUUUUUCACCACCAGGCUGAGCGUCUGCCCGCCUCGCUAUCCAUGAGCCACAUGAUGCCCUGGAUGGCUCACACGGAAUCGAUUUCGCCGGAAACUAUUGCUCCAUCACAAGUUGCACCGGUGACGCCUCCCCCGUCCUACACGGACUUUUCUAAUUCCCUCAACACCUUCAAAACACACUCGCCGGCCACACCUAUCCGUUCAUGCUCCCUGGGUACGGGUUCUGGGACGGACACGCCCAUGAGCCGUCUGUCUGGGGGUGCCGGUGAAUACCUGGAUGAGUUCCAACAGUCCCCUGGCUACAGGGAUGGCCUUGGAGUCCGGCCACAACGGCAGCCAUCGCGCAAGGUGGCCCGGAAGCAAUCCUCCAAGCAAAGCCUGUCACUGGAGAACCUCCCGGCAGUCAUCAAACAGGUCCAGUUCAAGUGUCAGGAGCCCGGUUGCAAAGGGCGAUUCAAGCGACAGGAGCACCUCAAGCGUCACAUGAAGAGUCAUUCUAAGGAGAAGCCUCAUGUUUGCUGGGUUCCUGGAUGCCAUCGUGCGUUCUCGCGCAGUGACAACCUCAACGCCCACUACACCAAGACCCACAGCAAGCGAGGAGGUCGCAAUCGAUACGUCGCAACCUUGGAUGAGACCAGCCCCGACUACAAUCCAGACUACCGGGGACCAUUGACCGGUGAUGGUCGUCCUAUGCCUGGGUCAGCAAUGGACGAGUCCAUUUCCGAUGCUCGGGAAAUCAGCAGCAUGGAUGGCUGGGAUGAGUGA